AUGCCGAAUAUUGUUGUCGUCGGCGCUGGCGUUUCUGGCCUCACAACUGCUCUUCUACUAUCGAAGAAUCCAGAUUAUAAGAUCACAAUAGUUGCCAAGCAUAUGCCUGGCGAUUAUGAUAUCGAAUACACCUCACCGUGGGCAGGCGCCAACUAUCUUCCAGUCUCUCCAGCAUCAGAUAAUCGCUGGGAAAAGAAUACAUGGCCCGAGCUAGCCCGUCUCGCCAAAGACGUCCCCGAAGCAGGAAUCCACUUCCAAGACGCAAUAGUCUACAACCGCACCAAAGACGCCCAAGCCACAACCGGCCAAUGGUUCAACGAACUCCUCUCCACCACACCCUGGUUCGCCUCCAUCGUCCCCAACUUCCGCGUGCUCUCCCCCUCGGAGCUCCCCCCCUCCGCAGACUCCGGCACGGUCUUCACAUCCGUCUGCAUCAACACCGCCAUCUAUCUCCCCUACCUCGCCUCUCAAUGUCUUAAGAACGGCGUGACUAUCACCCGCGCCGUCAUCUCGCACAUCAGUGAAGCAGCCGCGCUGCACUCGUCUGGUGACAAGGCAGAUGUAGUGGUGAACUGUACGGGACUCCUGGCAUCUAAACUUGGUGGCGUGAUGGAUAGCAAUGUCAUUGCGUGUCGAGGCCAGAUUGUCGUUGUGCGGAACUCGCCCGGUGCGAUGUUUACUGUUUCCGGGACGGACGAUGGCGAUGAUGAGGUUUCGUAUGUGAUGGAGAGGGCGGCGGGUGGGGGUACCAUCCUAGGCGGCACGUACCAGAAAGGGAAUUGGGAGUCGCAGGUUGAUCCGAAUCAGGCGGUUAGGAUUAUGAAGAGGGCGGUGGAGAUGUGUCCGCAGUUGACGGGGGGGAAGGGCAUUGAGGCAUUGAGUGUGGUUAGGCAUGGGGUGGGACUGAGGCCGUUGAGGAAGGGGGGUGUGAGGAUUGAGAAGGAGAGGAUGGAGGGGGGGCAGUGGGUGGUGCAUAAUUAUGGGCAUGGUGGGUGGGGAUAUCAGGGUUCGUAUGGGUGUUCUGAGGGUGUGGUGGAAUUGGUUGAGGAGGUCUUGUCGAGUAAGUCGAAGUUGUAA